UCCAGACUGAUCUCCUUUCCCAUAAGCAAACAAUCGUUAAUUGUCCCUAAUUGUUUGUUGCAUUCGGUAGUGGUGUGGUGCUGUCGUACGUACGCCCCAUUUGCUCUGUCGCGAGCCCCCAUUUCCAGUCUCUUUAUUCAUCCAUUUUCAAGAAUCCGUCAUCUCACCAAGAAACCGCUUUCUUCCACUUCCCAGAAAUCGCAGUCCCUCGCUGCUAUUGGAUUGGUUGGUGAUCUUCGAUGGGCUCGGGAUGGCUUCUGGAUUUCCUCAAGGGCAUGGUGAAGCCGGCCUUGGCCUUGGCCGUGGUGCUCAUGGCCAUCAUCUUGUCCUACUUGCAGAAGCUCGGCCUGGAGGGCGACAUGCUCUACUCGAUUUCCCGGGCGUUUCUCCAGCUCUCCGUCAUCGGAUUCGUGCUGCAGUUCAUCUUCAGUAGGGAGAACGCCGGCUGGAUUGUCCUCGCUUAUCUUUUCAUGGUCUGUGUAGCUGCUUAUACAGCAGGUCAACGAGCCAAGCACGUCCCUCGCGGCAAGUAUGUGGCCGGAGCCUCCAUUCUUGCCGGCACUGCAGUGACGAUGUUGCUGCUGGUUCUGCUGAAAGUUUUCCCUUUCACUCCUCGGUACAUCAUCCCAGUGGCCGGAAUGAUGGUUGGCAAUGCAAUGACAGUCACCGGGGUCACCAUGAAAAGGCUCCGGGAUGAUAUCAAGGUUCAGAUGAAUCUGGUGGAAACGGCAUUGGCUCUGGGGGCUACUCCCCGGCAGGCGACAUACCAGCAGGUCAAAAGGGCUCUGGUCAUUGCCCUAUCGCCGGUCUUGGACAAUGCCAAAACGGUUGGUCUGAUAUCACUUCCCGGCGCAAUGACUGGCCUCAUAAUGGGCGGAGCUUCUCCUCUGGAGGCCAUUCAGCUGCAGAUUGUUGUCAUGAACAUGCUGGUCGGCGCAUCGACUGUUAGCAGCAUUAUGUCGACGUACCUCUGCUGGCCUUCCUUCUUCACCAAGGCCUACCAGUUGGAAACCAAGGUCUUCGCUUCAGACUGAGGUUGGUUUAGUUAUAUAUACUCCCCACUGCUCAUCCAUCAACAAUGCUGAUACUACUUGCUAAGAAUAUCGGAUCACCAUUAAGAUGAGAACUACAAAUCCUCAAUCUCUAUCAGAUUUUGAAUUCGAAGAAUUAUCUAAUACUUCAUGAUGAAGCACUGAUGUACUUGACCAUCAAGAAUUAGGCAGCUAAAACUGCAAGAUUAUUACAGAUUAUGGAACCUUUUUUCUUCCUGGAAUCCUUAGAGCUUCAUCUGUUCUUCCACUUUGCUUUCCCUUGGGAGAGGACUUGCAAACAUCCCAUCAUUUACAAUGCAUAUAUUGCUGAGACAAUGAGAAGCUUUCGAAUCCAAAAUUUUCUCUUGUUUUCCAGGAAAGUAGACUUCAAGACACAUCUUCAACACAAGACAAAAUGGGUCAAGAUUAUCUCUUCAACCACGCUCUGGAAAAACCAAUAAAAGGGGUUUCUUCUGUAUGUUGGGUUUUUAGAUCUGUGUUCGCUCGUGAUAUAACUUUACAGUUACAUAGGAAUUUGCGAUUUCUUAAUGUCGGCUAAGAUGAUUGUAAUUGGGUCGUGAAUCACGAUCUUUGUACAUGGUAACGUUUGGAAUAUUGACAGCAAAUUAUUAUUAUUAUAGUUAUAUUUUAAACGCCGACACAA